UCGACAAUUGGAGAUAGAGUCGAGUUCGUUAGCCCUAAUAAAGAGGACCGAACGUCCAGAUCCGCCGCCCGCAACACACCAAAACUCGAUUCCCCGCUCAAGUUCAAGAUGUCCAUGGUCGCGGUUCGAUUAGCGGCGAGGAGGCUCACUGGCCAGCAACCGCGGGCGGUUCUUAGGUCGGCCGUCGCGAAUGAACAAGGGGUGCUCAACGGCGGCGGCUCGCCGGCCGAUCCUCUACGCCGGUUUUCCUCCUCCGAGGCUUCUGCUGCCAACGGGCCAAAAGUCAGCACCGAGCAUCCUUCUGUUUCAGCAUCUCAGCAGACGAAAGAGGAACUCUUCGACCUGCUCGAUGGGGUACAAACGAAUAAAGGUAUUUCCUACACAGGAAGAAAGGAAGACAGGUGGCUGCUCCAGCGUCUUACCUCUCACGUCCGUCACAGACCUAGUAACCCUCAAUGGCACCGGUAUCUUCUAGAACAAAGAGUCGGUCUUUGCGUGAGUGCUGUAUCAACUUUCAUUGCUUUCAUUUUUAUGCUGGAAAAAGGGAGCAUAUAUUUUGCCGGGGAUAAACAAGCUCAGGGAGCAGACAGUAACAGCAAAGCCAGUGUCUCCUGUGCAGAACCAAUCCUGGAAGAAUAGUUUAUAUCAGUAAAAGCAUUUCAAAGUUUCAAAAAGAUCUGAGGAAAAUAUGCAUAUAGUUAAAGAUGUAAUACUACAAAGUGUGUGAAAUCCCAGUAUGAAUGCUUCUUUAUACUCUAGGCUAGACAAAAAUGACAAGUUUGGACCCCCUAUGCAUUUUCAAAUCUCCAUAAUUUGUUAGGAUUUGUCCUACUUUUUUUUGUAGCUCACAGUAUAACGUAUUUGAAUUGAGAUUUUACAUGCCUGUACCAUACAUUCUUAUGUGCAUCUAGAUUUUUUGUUCUUUGAAACUUUGAAGCUGCUUGUAUCUCAAGCUCCAAAGCGGAUUUCUGUUAAAUCGCUUGUCUUUAGUAAGAAUAGUAUGAACACUUGGCCCCAAGUUACUGUUCUAUUUUGUUAUCAUGGACGAAUGUGAAUAUAUAUAUCGUGAUGUCA